AUGGGGCACAUCCCCGGAUCCAUAUACGGAAAUAUAGCGGAAUGCCACAGGGAUCAACAGGGAUCGCCAGGGGCACACAUACCAGACAGUCGCAUCCUAGUCAAUGGUGCAAAUAUCCCCGUGGAAGAUUAUGAUGUUCUACAAUAUAUCAAUCCCUUGAUUGGCAGUGCCAACGGAGGAAAUGUGUUCCCAGGUGCCUCCUUACCAUACGGCAUGGCAAAAGCCGUCGCCGACACAGACUCAGAGAGUAAUCAAGGAGGCUUCGCCCACGAGGGCGGCAGCGUCACCGGAUUCUCUAGCAUGCAUGACUCCGGCACUGGGGGCAGCCCUUCACUGGGAAAUUUCCCUCUAUUUGCUUAUGCAAAAUGCGCUGGUGACGAUGUAAAUGGCUGCGUUUAUCCGAAGAACCAACGAAAAACGAAAUACAAGUCCGACUCGGUCCAGGCUCACCCAGGAUACUUUGCUAUAGAGCUGACAUCGGGGGUGCGUGCUGAUAUGACGACAGCGCACCAUACGUCCCUGUUUCGCUUCCAGUUCCCAAAUGAUAAAAGUACCAGUCCAUUAAUCUUGCUGGAUCUCACCGAUUUGUCGAAUUCCCGCCAAGAUAAUGCGACCAUCUCGGUGGAUAGCAAAACCGGCCGCAUGACUGGUGAUGCGCGGUUCAGUCCUAGCUUUGGAUCAGGAUCCUACGUCUUGCAUUUCUGUGCGGACUUCAAGAGCCAUGCUGCCCAAAGAGAUAGUGGUAUCUUUGUCAAUUCUCGGGCUAGUGCUGGGGUUCAUGAUUUGAAGAUCUCGCGCAGUAUCAAUGGGUACCCGCUUCCAGGUGGUGGAUUUGUCCGCUUCAAGCCUGCCGCGGACAAUACGGUCCUUGCUCGAGUUGGCGUCAGCUUCAUGAGCACAAAGCAAGCUUGCACUUACGCCGAGUCUGAAAUUCCACACUUCGACUUCAACGCAACACGCCAGAUAGCAGUCGACAAAUGGACGGAAAAGAUGCGUCCAAUCCGUGUCUCACGAACGAACAUCGACGCCUCGGUUCUGUCUAAUUUCUACAGUGGGAUCUACAGAACUAUGGUAAAUCCGCAGAACUACACAGGCGAGAAUCCGCUCUGGCAGAGCAGCGAACCUUACUUCGAUUCAUUCUAUUGUCUUUGGGAUUCUUUCCGUUCCCAGAUCCCAUUCCUCACUAUCUUCGAUCCCUUCUCCGUAAUGCAGAUGGUGCGAUCACUCAUCGAUACUCAGCGCCAUCUAGGCUGGCUGCCGGAUUGCCGCAUGUCACUGUGCAAAGGAUACACACAGGGCGGUUCCAACGCCGACAACGUCCUAGCAGAUGUCUAUCUAAAAGGACUCAAGGAUGGCAUUGAUUGGGAAGCCGGGUAUGCAGCCGUACAAAAGGACGCAGAGGAGGAACCAUACGACUGGUCCAGCGAAGGCCGCGGUGGUCUACGCAGCUGGAAGAAUCUACACUAUAUACCCGUAGAAGACUUCGACUACGAAGGCUUCGGCACAAUGACACGCAGCAUCUCACGCACACUCGAGUAUUCAUACAACGACUUCGCCAUCGCACAAAUGGCUCGCCGCAUGAACAAGACAGCCGAUGCAACACGGUACGAGCAAAGAUCCCGAUACUGGCAAAACCUAUUCAAAAAGGAUCAGUCCUCUCUCUGGAAAGGAAAAGACACUGGCUUUACCGGCUUCUUCCAACCAAAACAUCUGAACGGAACAUGGGGCGUCCAAGAUCCCCUCGCAUGCUCGAACAUCGACCAAAGCGGACACGCCUGCUCACUGCAGAAUACCGCUGGCGAAACAUUCGAAUCCAGUAUCUGGGAAUAUCAAUUCUUCGUCCCCCACGACAUGCAAACCCUAAUAAACCUCCUCGACGGCCCGACCGAAUUCGUCACCCGUCUCGACUACCUCCACGACCAAAACAUAACUUACAUAGGCAACGAGCCCGCCUUCCUAACAGUCUUUCAAUAUCACUACGCUGGUAGACCCGCAAAGUCCACUUCCCGCGUGCGCACCUAUAUCCCAGAUUACUUCUCUCCCACGCCAGCCGGACUGCCAGGUAACGAUGACUCAGGCGCAAUGGGCUCGUUCGUCGCCAUGGCGAUGAUGGGACUAUUCCCGAAUCCAGGACAGGAUGUAUAUUUACUUACAGUACCGUUCUUCGAGACUGUUAGUAUUGUUUCCCCGUUGACAGGGAAAACGGCUAUAGUGAGAACGGCGAACUGGGCGGAGUUUAACACGCCUAAUGCUACUGGCGGUGCUGUUGGUGGGAAUGGGUUUAUUCAGUCUGCUACGGUGGAUGGGAAGCCUUGGACGAAGAAUUGGAUUGGACAUGAUUUCUUCACUGAGGGGAGGGAGUUGGUUCUUGUUCUUGGGAAGGAGGAAGGUAGCUGGGGGACUAGAGUGCAAGAUUUGCCGCCUUCUUUGGCGCCGGAGGAUGGGGUUGGUGGUCGUGGUGCUGUGAGGGAGCGUAGGUGGGAGAGUGUUGUUGAGGGUGGGCAGGUUGAUGCUGUUUCUGGUGCGUCGAAGCGUGCUUUGCAUCUUGAGCAACAUGUUCGUAGGGCUGGGGAUGGUCAUGUGGAUAUAGGGGGUUCUUGGUAG